CUCGAUUUGAAUCACACCAGGACCAUAGUAUAUCCAGAUAUCACUCUCAAAGCUAAACGGGAGAGUGAUUCACAACUUUGUUCAAUUCCGAUUGAAAUGAAAGUUGGUGGAGUAGCUGAACAUUUUUACUCCAUGCUUCGGGGAGAAAAGCUGAAAUCGAAAACCAAAUAUAUUGCUGGCGUGCAUAACUUUAGUCAGGUAGUACUUCAACUACUUGCUAGUCGAAGUGAAUUCGGCUUUAUAUCCGACUAUGAUGACUUAAUUUACGUUAAAUUGGAAGGUGUUGAUAAUUUGAAACCUACAACUGACGAUGGAAUGGUGUUAAGAAAAUUGAAGUGCGAGGUUUGUUUUCUUUCUAAGUUUAGAAGUGAUUAUUCGAUUUCAUCAAUUCUUUUAGCUUUAACUUCAAUUGGUAUUACCACAUUUACAAAAAAAAAGGAAGUAGAUAUUGGAAAGAUGUGUAGUCUUUUAGCCUCCAGUAUUGCUGAAAAUUACUCAAGGAUUAUCAUUAAUCAUUACCGUUAUCUUACACUAGUUGCAAAAGAAAUUAUAUCUAGAGUGCAACAGAUAGAUGUUGAACCUGUAAUUAUAUCUAGGAAUGAUACUAGUAGCAACCCAAGCAGUAGUAGUGACUCACGUUUUGUAGAAGUUGGCACAGAGAUUUCCGAUUUAACCUUCAGUAGUCUAAGUCCUGCUGACAUUAAAGUCUUAGGUAAAAUAACAAAGUUGAAUUGGGUGGAAGAUGGGAUGAGUUUCAUAAGGAGUAAUUAUGAAUUCGUGGAAAUAGUCUCAGGUAGUAAGAUUAAUUCACAUUUUGGAGUUGUAAUUAAAAUAAGACACAAAGGCGGUGAUCAAUUCUUUAUUUGUAAGAUUUAUGAUCCUGUCUUUUCAGUGGCUUAUUUAUUGCAACAACUUAAUGUGGAUGAAUCUUUCAGCCUUGUGACUAGACUAUUCAACAAAGAGAUCUCGUCACUAACUAGACUCCAAGGAGUAGAUGGUUUUCCAGAUGUUUUUUAUUAUGGUUAUAUACACCGUGAAAUAACCACUUAUAAUGAAAGAUUUACCAUAAAUGAUUUUGAAUCUUUUAAAUUUAAUGGAUACUGGUUCAUUGAAGAAUACUUCGAUGCCAUACCAUUAAAAGACAUCAGUUUAACUCGAAGACGAAGGUUAUAUGACAAAACGGUGUCUGUCUUGCAGCGAGCACACGACCUAGGGGUUUAUCAUGGAGAUAUUACGGAUUCCAAUAUCCUAGUCACGGAAGACCAUGAAAUCAAAAUAGUCGAUUUUGGUUUUGCUAUACUUGAAGAAUUUAGAAAUCAAUUGGGCUUUGAAUUUGCUGAGGAAAUGCAACCUUCCAAUUUGGAAAAUGCUGAUGAUAUUGGUCCCAUUUUCAAUCCAGCUAAAAAGAAUGCUGCUGAUAUUGAAAGAACCAAGAAGGUUUUUAAAAAGAGAAAACCCUCUUCAGAUUUAUAAUAUUCACUCUUAU